CGUAGCGGGACGAGAUAGUCCGUUUGUCGUUAUAAACGCAAUUGGUCGUGAUUUUUGCAUCAAUCAUAGAAUCGAAAAUUUAUUGUUACGCCUUGAUCUUCCGCCAUCUGUUAAUUGGUACAACGAUGCAAGCGAGCUUCCGUGUUUUGUUUGUGACCUUGGUUUCUGUUGUUUGCAUAUUUGGUGCAACGGAAGAGGAUGAUCAUCUGGUGACAACGCUUUCACCGGCCGAAGAAUACAAAAACUAUCCGUAUUGCUUUAGGUUUUCGUGGUUGGGUCCAAAAUACAACAAGGAUAGUCAAUACAAAAACAUUACCUGUGAAAAUUUAAUGAAAAAAGCCACCGGAAUACCGUGUUUCCAUCCGCUUGUGGUCACCAAUAAUAGCAACGUUCCGGAUACUGAGUACAUGUGGAACGAGUACAAGGAUAAACCGUCACAGAUUGCUUGCCGAUUAGUUCGUGGAGAGGUUUGCGCUCGGUUCACCUAUCGAUAUAACGGUGCAAUCGAGAACAUCACGUACAUGUGCGCCAAAAUGAAUGUGGACAACGAGUCGUCGACAACGUCCGCGUGUUACAGCGAGGAUCGCAGCGGCCGGGAGAUCGAGGUAUGUGUUUGUGAGUCGGCCGCCGGGAAGACACCGUGUAAUCGCGGUAGCACCGCGUUUUUGGUUCAGUUCGGUCACCCGAUGAUUCUGGCAAUGUUGGCCCUGCUCCAGUUGCUGGUGCUACGGAUUAGCGUGACUCGGUAAUAAAUGCAGUAAAGGCACAUGUAAUCAUUAGAUUCGUUUUAUUAACUCUUGAAGAAAAGUUUCGAUUAUAAAAUGAAUGAAAA